GCACUUUUUGCAGUAUAAAUAUCCUAUUUGGGUUGUGAAAUUCAAUUAGGUCUUGAUAUCUGCCUCUUCUCAAAUUUUUUCUCUCCGAUUGAGAAACAUCUCGGACCUUAAAUAGACCUCGGACGGAGCGGGUACUCUAAGGCCUUAUCUCAGAAGGGAAUUGCAUCGGAACAAGAAAAAUCAAUUAUAAUCGUGUUGCUAUUGUUCUCCUGCAAGUUUUGACUCCAGGGUUUCUUGGGAUUUUUUUUUCGCUACAAAUCGGCUUUGACAUUACAUCGUUCUGGUUAGUACAGACUUACGAAAGAACGAACAAGCGGAUUUCAUCGAUACACGAGGAGCCGAUUGCUAUCAUUGGGAGAUACCAUGUGGUACCGGGCGCGUGCUGCAGCAAUAGAGCUCUGUGGUGUAUUAAUGUGUGCCAGUUGUCAAAGUUUGUGAAAAUAAAUACUGCAAUUUUAAUUGAACUUGUAUAAACAAAGAAUUCUGGAUGAACUUCUUUUGACGAUCCUGCACACAGUUCGGUGUUUAUCCUUAAAGAGUGCAUUUCCGUAAAAUAAAUACGUUGGGGAUUUUUCUCUACCCUAUGGUUCCGAUUCUAACAUGUGGACGUCCGUCGCAUCAAAGCUGGUAGGAAUCAACUCGAGAUUUUUUGUGUUUGAAAAUUAUUGCGAUGAAUUUACACACAAUGAAUAGUUCAAUUAAAUGGUAUUAAUGUGUGGAAUUGGGGUUUGUUCCGGGACUCUGAAAGUCCUAUUUACAGCCGAGAAAAGCACAGAAUGCCGCUUUAUACAUGUAUAAAACCGCUCAUAACAUAUCACUUGACGGGACUGUUGAUAAUACACUGUGUUAAUUGUCUGCCGAGAGAAAUUAAAAUUGGAGGUUUGUUCAGCAAUGAGGAAAGUACAACAGAGAACGCAUUCAAGUACGCAGUCUACAGGAUUAAACAUGAGAAAAAUUUAUUGGGCGGAUCAACGCUUAGCUACGAUACACGGCGUCUGUCGGUGGAAGACGCAUUCACGUCAUCAAUGGAAAUUUGUGAUCAAAUCACCCUGGGUAUCUCCACAUUAUUCGGACCACGAUCUCAGGAUCUUUCCGCCUUCACCAACACAAUGUGUUCACAUCUUCACAUUCCACACAUCGAAUAUCGGGAAACCACGCUUGCGCAGACGUUGCUUUCCGGUUUCUCCAUCAACAUCCAUCCAAAAUCAGACCAUUUAUCCCAAGCAUACAUUGAUCUCAUUCACAGCUAUAACAUGAAAACCGUUCUUCUGAUUUACGAAAAUCAGGGAGGAUUAAUAAAAAUGCAGACAAUUUUACAUGAAAUAACAAAGGAUGUAACCAGAAAUGUAUUCAUCCGCCAAGGCGACAGAACAAAUGUCCGAGACGUCCUUAAGGAGGCUAAAUCUAAAUCAUGGACCAAUAUCAUUGUGGAUAUGAACAUUUCGAACACUGCUGUACUACUCCGAACGGCGCUUCAGGAGGGGAUGAUAGAUCCCUACCAUCAUUACGUUCUCACAACUUUGGACAUCGAAGGCAUUAAUUUGUAUGACUACAAGUAUAACUAUGUGAAUCUUACCGGAUUUCGAUUGGUUGAUCCCAAUGACGACUACACAAAAAGCAUCAUCAAAGAAAUGUAUUACUACGAAAGAGACACAAAUCUCAAACUUUUAUACGACAAGGACUACAGUACAAUUCCGUACGAGUCGGCUGUAAUAUUUGAUGCUGUGUUGCUAUUCGCUAAAGCAAUAACGGACCUGUCAAAGGAUAAGAUCUUUAUUCCACCAAAUGUGUCCUGUGACGUAGAAGAAGUUUGGAGAUCUGGAAAGGACCUGUACGACUAUCUACAGGAAUCAGAAAUCCGCGGGUUGACGGGAGAUAUAAGGAUCAGAAAUGGACGACGACAGACAUUUAAACUGGAUGUGAUGCAGCUCACGGAGGAAGGACUUAGAAAGGUUGGGAUCUGGAAUUCCAAUACAAAGACGGGUGUCAACUUUACACACCGCUACAUCAAGGACAAUUUUCCCUUCGGAAACAAAACUUUGGUUGUUACCACCAAACUAAAUCUCGAUCGUCCCUUGAUAGUGACGACCAAACUGGAUAAACCCUAUGUGAUGAUGAAGGCCCUGGAGCCUGGGGUUGACGGUUCGAAGCUCGGUAACGACCUUUACGAGGGUUUCUGUAUUGACCUUCUGAAAGAAAUGGCGGCCAUUGUGGGGUUUGAAUAUAAAAUCGUCCCUGUGGAAGAUGGCCUGUACGGAAUGCUUAACGACGGAGAAUGGAAUGGGAUCGUCCGAGAACUCAUUGAUAGGAAAGCUGAUUUGGCGGUUGCUGCUUUAACCAUCAGUUAUCUCCGGGAACAAUACAUUGAUUUCACCAAACCAUUCCUUAAUCUUGGCAUAAGCAUACUUUUCAAAACUCCAGAAAGAAAGAAGCCAGGACUGUUCUCGUUUCUGAACCCUCUCGCUCUGGAGAUCUGGGUGUAUGUGGUUGCUGCCUACAUGUUAGUGAGUUUCUGUAUAUUCGUCCUGGCGCGAUUUAGUCCCUACGAGUGGUAUAACCCUCAUCCUUGUAACCCGGACACAGACACAGUGCAAAACACGUUUGAUCUCUCCAACAGUUUCUGGUUCUCGGUGGGAACGCUCAUGCAGCAGGGCUCUGACGUCAAUCCACGUGCUAUUUCCACCCGGAUUGUUGGCGCCACCUGGUGGUUUUUCACUCUUAUCAUUAUCUCGUCCUAUACUGCUAACUUGGCGGCAUUUUUAACAGUUGAACGAAUGAUAUCACCCAUUGAGAGCGCAGAGGGACUUGCAGCCCAAAAUAAAAUUAAAUAUGGAACUUUGGAAGGAGGAUCUACGAUGACAUUUUUCAGGGAUUCCAAAAUAGACACAUAUCGCCGUAUGUGGCACUUCAUGAGGACUAACCCUGAUAUGUUCGUGAAAGACGCAAAUGAAGGCGUUACAAAGGUUAAGGCCGGUAACUACGCUUAUUUAAUGGAAUCUACGUCUAUUGAGUACGAGGUUCAACAGAAUUGUGACCUCAUGCAAGUGGGGGGUCUUCUGGACUCCAAAGGUUUCGGAGUUGCCACGCCCAUGGGUUCGCCAUUAAGGGACAAGCUGUCGUUGGCCAUUCUUCACCUCCAGGAGGACGGCAAAGUACAAGAACUGUACAACAAAUGGUGGAAGGGGUCAGGCAAAUGUAUGUCUGAACGCAAAGCCAUUGAAUCCAAGGCCAACGCGCUGGAUGUCAACAACGUGGGCGGCAUUUUUGUUGUCCUCCUCGGCGGUCUAGCAGUGGCCGUUCUUGUGGCCUUCCUGGAAUUUAUUUGGAAAUCCAAGAAAAAUGCCAGAGAAGACAGACAAUCGCUGUGUUCCGAAAUGAUACAAGAGCUCAAGUUUGCAGUUCGUUGUCACGGCUCAUCAAAAAAAUCAAAAACAAAGCGGAGUUGUGCCAAGUGUAAAAAAGGCCAUAACGCCUCAUGUCCAUUGACUGUUGAUAUGCCAAAAGAUUCUAGUUCAUCCAAUGGAAUUCUACCCCUCAGGGAACUCAGAAAAUCCCCUGUAUCUAGGGGUAGGGAAUUUUCAUUUGGAGAGGGGGCAUACAUGCACGUGGAAUAUAGUGACGCAGAGACGUGACAAAAGGUUUAAUCCGUCACAAAACGGAUAAUUUUGUCAGUGUGCCUUAAUACACUUGUCUCAUUUGUUCUUUGGUGUAUUCUUUUCGUCAGAUCGUUCUCUGUUUUCAGGUUAUAUAAUUCAUGUUUUAUUCAUAACGGUGAUUUUCGCUGAAUAAUUUGUGAUAGACUGUGAUAUUUUUCAUGCUACAUUCUAUCAUUGUAUCAUGUUAUCAUCAUUGAAACAUAUUGUAAAAUGAAUACGUAGAAGAGUUUCGUCAUGUAUUUUAUUUAAAUUUUGUUGUUUACGACAGCUCCU